AACAACAAAUCGAAACAUCACACCGGAAAAUCUAAGUUGUAUAGCGGAGUUUUAACAUUCUUUAACUAUGUUUUCGUGUAUCGUGUGUUGCUGCACUCUGGGAGAAACGAGAUGGAAAAACCUAAAGGAAACAAAACAUGGGAAAAAUGGAGAAAAAACAUUGGCGGAUUUAGUCACAGAGCUGGUGUCAACUUCCACCGUAAAGGCCAAAGCAGGCAAACUAACUGGUGACCACGCGUGCCUUCCGUGUUUUAGAGAACUUUCAGCACUCUCCGAGUUGCAACAAAUAUUAAGCAAUAAACAGACAGAAUUGUUGAAGAAGCUUACAGAAAGCCGUGUGUCACAAACAAAGAAUGGCAAGAAAAAAACUAUGUCUAAUGAUUCUUGGGGGGUUCUGCAUAUAACUAAGGAAGCUAUUCCAAAACCAAUCCAAAACCAAGAAAUUUCAAGCCCUGAAGGCCUAUCGCUACAAUCCAUCAUUAGCAUGGAUGCGGAAAUCACCAUUACAGAAAAAGAAAAUGGUGGCACAGAGAUUGACUUCGAAGUUGUAGAAGGAAUCUCAGACCUGAAAAGGGCAAAUGAACUUUAUGGGUGUCGAUUCUGCAAAAAAGAAUUUGUGACUUCCACGUUUGCCAUCAAUCACAUGCAAGAAGUUCAUGGUAAACUCUUACACAAGUGUGAUAUUUGUGAGCAAGAGUUUCGUUUAAAAUGUGAGAUAGAUCAGCACCGGAUAUCUCACCUUAAAGAUGCUCCGCUUCCUUACCAGUGUGGCAGCUGUCACAAAGGAUUUGAAACAUUUGAAGCUUUUCAGGAACAUGACAAACUCCAUGAAUUGAAAAAAAAAUUUGGAUGUGCACAGUGUGGUAGGAAGUUUGAUGAUGAAAACAAACUGAAUCAGCAUAUGUUGACUCACCAAUCUAAAUCCUAUGCAUGCAAUCGCUGCAAUAAGACGUUUCGCUCCAAUCAUUCGUACACCAAACACCAGAAAUUGCACGGCGAGCAUUCCAGGUUUAGUUGCAACUUGUGCAGCCGACAAUUUGCGUCAGCGGAAAAUCUUCACACUCACUUAAAAAAACACAACAAGCCGCACAAGUGUGAUGUAUGCAGUAAAGCCUUCGACAGCCAGCAAGUCCUUGAACAGCAUUUAGAAACGCAUUCAAAGCAAAAAAAGAACGUAGAAUGCACCGUUUGCGGGAAGCUGUUGGUGUCGCAGAUUCAACUGGAAAGCCACAUGCGAGUUCAUACGGGAGAAAAGCCAUAUCAGUGCGAUUGUUGUGGAGCCACAUUCGCCCAGAGAUCGAAUCUCGACAGCCACCACCGGGCCGUCCAUCUUCAAGAAAGACGAUUUAAGUGCGAUGAAUGUGACAAGACUUUUAAACGAAAAAGAUUGUUGCAGUACCACAUCCGAAGCGUCCAUACUGGAGAACGCCCCUAUAACUGCGAAAUUUGCAACGCGACGUUUGUAUACCCGGAGCACUACAAGAAACAUGUAAUGACACAUUCUGGUAUCAAACCAUGGGCCUGCGAGAUAUGCGGGAAAACGUUUUCGUCCAAGGACAACAGGAAUAGUCAUCGCUUCACUCACAGCGACCGCAAACCGUACGAAUGCCAGGUGUGCGGCUUGAGCUUCAUGAGAAAGCCGGCCCUGUUGCAACAUUUAACAGAAGAAAGGCAUGGCGACCCAGAAACUGCUGGAGCUGCUGUUAAAAUUGUGCAAGUCCUGACAGGUCACGAGAUGGAGCCAGAAAGUCAUCCCAUGGAAUGGGACACGCUAGAGAUUCAAAGUGCCGACGGCCUCGGCCUCGGAAUGGAUAAUCAUGACCAUGUCCAAACCAUCAUCAUUCCUGACGAGCACGGUAGACCAAUUGAAAUUCAAGUCGUCGGCUCCGACUCCACGCAGCAAGUGACGGAUCAACUUCAAUUCGAACUUAGUGCCGAGAGCCUCAAUGUUAUCCAAGCUUUUGAACUUCAGGGUGGCAAUGUGGAUGAUACAUUGGCUGCAUUAAUGUGAGGAUUUAUUCCAAAACAUAGACAGUACGCCAUAAACUAAAAAGCAAAUAAAGAUGAGAGCUGUUGCAAUGA